AUGUCAGGUGGGGUUGGUCCAACCUGCGGUGACAUCAGCCUCCCCAAAGAACAAGAACAUGAAUUCAAAGAACACAACGACGAAACCUCCUCAAAACUCAGCUCCCACCAAAAGUCCCCAACUUCACACUCCACCGCCACCGCCUCUCCGCGCAAAGCCGGUGGCGGUCUGUUCUCCUUCCGGCAGCUCAACGCCCUCGCCGUCGUCGUCGUCCUCUCCGCCAGCGGCAUGGUAAGCCCCCAAGACUUCGCCUUCGUCUUCUUCUCCGUGAUCUACAUGCACAUCAUCUCCAAAGUUGCUUUCCCCAUCCUCGGUUCCUCCAGAGACCCCACCGUUUUCAACCCCAAAAACAAAGUCCUCCGCCUCUACGUCCUGACCGGCGCCGUCAUCGGCCUUCUGCUCCCCAUUGCCUACAUUUUGGAGGGCAUUUUCGAAGGCGAUAAACAGGCAUCAGCGCCGCUUCCCCGCACGUUUUUCUCCUUGCCAGUCAGGCGGAUUUUCACCAUCGUGGAUUGGCUGAGGAGUGAGUUUUCCAAGGAGCAUGAGGAGUACGGUGGAUCUGCAAAAAGAUUGUAUGUGGGGAGAGGGCUUGCCAUUGCUAAUAUGGCGUUUUGGUGCUUCAAUUUAUUUGGGUUCUUGCUGCCUGUCUAUCUUCCUAGGGCUUUCAAGAAGUACUACUCCGCCCAUAAACUGAAAGAUUAUUGA